UGAGAUGGAUGAAUAAUUGUACAUACCAAAAACCAAAAGAAAAAAUGGAGAUUGAGAGAAUUUCAGAAAGCUUCAUCAAACCCUCUUCACCAACACCUAUUCAACUCAAAACCUAUAAUAUUUGUCUAAUAGAUCAAUUUCUCAUGUACGGUGUCGACAUUCCAUUGCUUUUCUUUUACUCCAUUAAUGAAGAUUCCAUUUCCGAAAGCUCUCAUUUGCUCAAACAAUCUUUAUCCGAGACCCUAACGCAUUAUUACCCGCUUGCCGGAAGGAUUAAAGACCAUCUUUCUGUCGAUUGUAACGACGAAGGCGUAUAUUACGCAGAGGCUCGAGCUAAUAUUCGUCUUUCUGAAUAUUUUAGCAGAUCUGAUUUCAUUGUACUAAUGGAUAGCUUCAUGCCGAGAGAGGUAAGUUGUCGCGAAUCAUCCCCCGGAUCGUUUGUCGUUACGAUUCAGGUAACUACCUUUGCUUGUGGUAGCAUUGCUAUCGGUUUGUUUUGCUCUCACAUGGUCAUGGAUGCAGCUUCAUUGACUUCAUUCAUAAAAGCUUGGGCUGCUUCAACCUUAUCCAACCCUAACCCAAAUACUAAAGAAGCUAUCACAGAUACUCCCAAUUUUGACGGCGCCGCUAUUUUUCCCCAUUAUGAUGCGUUUCCGAGAGAAGCAACCAUGUCGUCUUUCGACGGACCUUUUCUGAAACCGGGGAAGCUUGCUUCAAGGUCAUUUGUGUUUGACGAGUCGAGUCUUUCUUUACUUAAGGCGCAAGCAAUCAAUUCAAGAGUUGAAAACCCUACACGGAUUGAAGCAGUUACUUCAUUUCUUUUCGAAUGCAUCUCGGAAAUUCUAACAGAAAAAUCAGGUAUUAGUAAGCCAUUUGCAUUUACAUAUCUUGUGAGUUGGAAACGAAAAGUUAUACCGCGGCUACCGGAAAAUUUAUUCGGAAAUUUUAUUUGGAUGGCGUCUGGUUUAUCUCCUCCUGAGGAAACUAAACUGAGUAGCUUAGUAUGCAAAGUGAGGGAAGCGAUUUGGAAAAUCAACUCCGAUUUUGUGAAGGAUAACAUACAGAGCGACGGAGCAUUCUCGAAGCUGGCCAAGACGAUUAAAGAAACACGGAAAGAAUUUACGAGCUCGGAGUUUCCGAACGGAGUGAAUUUUGUUAUGGUUAGUAGUUUAUGCAACUUGGGACUAUACGAAGUUGAUUUCGGAUGGGGAAAGCCUGUAUGGGUGACUUGCGUGGAUGUGCCGAUAGAUGAUUCAAGUAAUGUGCUGUUGAAUUCAAUGGUGAUUAUGGAUUCAAGAAUUGGGAAAGGAAUUGAAGCAUGGGUUUUCAUGGAUGAACAAGAAUUGAGAUUACUGGAGAAAUAUGAAAAGCUGAUUGCACUUGCUUCUGUUAAUCCAAGUCCUCUAAAAAUCAGACCUGCUAGUUUAUGAGAUCAUCCAUGACCUACAACUCGGCAGAAGACAUGAUAAUCCGCUUUUGUUUCAGUGUUAAUGGUUGGAGUUUCCUAAAUGAAUAUUUGCUAUAUUGUCUUGCAAUGUCCUCUUUAGUUUUUGGCUUGUAAUGUCAUAAUGAUUUGUUACUAUUUUCAUAUUGAUAAUUAUCAUAUUAUUAUUUUCAAUUUAA